CCGUCUUUCCCCGCCAGCUGCGCAGAGCGAGCUGAGAGGGCUGCGCCGCGGACCCGAAGGGAGCCCCACCGCAACAGGGAGUUAUUUCCAAAGGCUUCCAGAUGGCUCCAGUGACAAUUACCUACGUCGUGUCCUUCUCCUCACAGGACCCCAGGUACCCGGUGGAGAACUUGCUGCGGGAUGACGGCCUUCGCCCCUGGCUCAGCUGCCCUCAGGACCAGAGCAGGCAGCUGAAAGCGGAGCUGCAGCUGGAGAGAGCCAGUCCCAUCGGCUACAUAGACGUGGGGAACUGCGGCUGCGCCUUUCUCCAGAUCGACGUGGGGCGUUCCUCCUGGCCGCUCAACCAGCCUUACGUCACCCUGCUGCCCAGCGUCACGCUGAUGACGCCAGCUGACUCAAAGCUGGACAGGAACCGCUGCGGCGUCCGGAUGUUUAAAGAAGCAGAUUUCCUGGCGCCGGCGGCGGGCCAGAAGUGGGACCGCCUGCGGCUCAUCUGCAGCCAGCCCUUCAGCAAGCACAGCCAGUUCGGGCUCUCCUUCGUCCGGGUGCGCACCCCGCUGGACGCCGACCACAGCCAGCCACCCCCACCUUCGCAGCAAGGGCUGGAGGAUCCUGAGUCUGCAGCCUCCCCCUGGCACUCCAACCCUGCCUUUUGCCGGACUUUCUUUCCAGAACCACAGGUGGGCACUAGGGAAGAGGAGCAGCUGAAGAGCCGCCUCCCGAGGUCUGAGUCCCAUGCGGGGAGCCUAGCCCGCCUCAGCCGGCCGGCCAGGAGGGUGCUGUCAGCAGCUCAAAGCCAGGCUCUGAAGCCCAGAGCCAGCAGAGGCUCCUUGGGGAGCAACCAGGAGCUGCCAGCAGAAGACCCCGGAGGCCCUGCAGCAUCAGGGUCUGCGCAGGCUGUGCCUGCAGCCCCGAAGAGAGCCCGCAGGAUACCAGAGAAGAGGCAGAGAGCUCGGAGCCCAGCGGGCAGGUCUCCGCCAGUUCCCUCGAGGCAGUCCAGGUCAGGAGGAAGAGCCAGAGCCCGGAGCCGCAAAGGAAAAGUGGCCAGGACUGGUGACAGCAGAGAGGAGAGCGGUCAAGGGGAGAUGGGCAUGUGCCCCAUCUGCUCAGGUUGUUUCAGCAUGGAUCUCCUUCCUGCGCAUGCCUCCAGCUGUGGGGAGGAAGACUUUGUCCCAGAAGCAGACUGGUCCUCCUCCCCGUGGGUGGAUUUGUCCCCUGAUGCCUGGGUGUCGUGCCCGAUCUGCGAGCUCCGGUUCAGAACGGCGGAGGUGGAGAGACACGCCAGCACCUGCGGGGAGCAGGCAGGAACCCUGGGCACCUCGUCCUCUCCCUUCUGGGUGGAGUAGGGCCGUGAGGCCAGAGGAGAGUCCCAGACUCAGUGUCCCCCAGACAUUUGACUUGCAGCUGGGAUGUGGCGGAGACCCGUCUGAAACAGGGCCACGACUGAUCCUGCGGCGGUCUUGGUACACAAGCAAGGACAAGGGCAGUUCCAGUAACCGGGGAUUCCUUCAAACAGCGAACCUCCUCCUCCUCCUCAUGUUCCGGCCACCGAGGCUGGUGAGGCCAAGGGGAUGUGGAGGAGAGGAGGGCCAGGGUUUCCUGACCUGCUGGACUCAAGAGGCUGAAGUCUGCAAGAACGAUAUGUUUCUGCUGCUGCUAAGACUGGAGUGCUGGAAAUUCCAGGUGCUGGGAAUUGCCUGGCCCUUGUCGCUUUGGGCAUUGCAAAACAGGCGCAGAGCAGUGCGCUGCUGCCAGCACCACCUGGGUGUGCCGCCCGUUUUGUAUGUGGCAGCUCCAGCCAGGAACAGAGCUGGCACGGCAAGGGGCAGGAGUUGGUGGGCAGGCUGAGGGCAGUGACAGAGGAGGCAGAGACCCCCUGCAGCUUUAAAGCAAGCUGGCAAGUGGAUGGAGAAAUCACCGUCAGCCCCCCGGGGCUUGGGAGAGCUGGGGGGCCAUCCCAGGACUCAGGGAGAGCUGGGGGCUUGUCCUGGGCUCAGGGACCCUGCUGUUGUGCAAAGGAUGUUGAGGGAGGUUCGGGUGUAUUAAGUUGUGUUGGCAGCUGAGGGCUGACAUGGCUGUAAGGGCAAAAGCUGCUGCUGGGGAAGAAUAAAACAAA